AUGCUCAAAAGAGGUCUUCUCAAAUCAUCAUCGCACAGCACAGGCUUGUUGCUGCUCUCUUCUUCCAAAAGUAAUUAUUGUAGUAGUGUAGUAACAAAUAUUGAUGCUUCUCCUAAAUUUUUCUCCACGAGGAAGAGUGGAGUUCAAUACAAGAUGGCAUCAUCGUCGUCCUCUUCGGGAUCUAAUGCCUUAUUGUUGGUAAUGAACAUGAAAAAUCAACAAGUAGUCGGAAUGAGAAACUUUUCCACCACCACUGCUGCAGCAUCAUGGAUAAAUCAACAACACAACUCGAGCUCUUUAAGAUCUAAUGGAGCAUUCCCAAAAAUUAAUAGCAACAAUAGAUUUAUCUCUGUUUAUCCCCAAAAUAUGGAAUAUUCAACCAGCACUCAGAAUGUACAACAAGAGGUAGAAGCUGAUAUUCCAGGUCGAAAGGCUGUUUUGGUUUGGUUAAGUACCAUCGGAUUCCUUGUUUUUGCCAUUGUAAUUGUGGGUGGUUUAACAAGGUUGGAGGAAGGAGGUCUUUCAAUGGUUGAUUGGUCUCCUCUUGGCUCUCUUCCUCCAAUGACUCCCGAAGAGUGGGAAGCCGAAUUUGAAAGAUAUAAACAAUUCCCAGAAUAUAAGAAAAAGAACGAAGGAAUGACUGUGGAAGAAUUCAAGUAUAUUUUCUACUAUGAAUAUUAUCAUAGAAUGCUGGGAAGAUUGAUUGGAGCUGUUUAUGCUCUUCCAGCAGUUUUCUUUGCAGCUAAGGGAUACUUUUCAGGAAAGAAUAGAGUGUUAUCGCCAGCAACAGUUCUGGGUAUUGGAGCUGCCAUUGGAUUCCAAGGUCUUCUUGGAUGGUACAUGGUAAAGAGUGGACUCGAUGAAAACCAUGAGCUCAUGAAGAAGUACAACAGCAUUCCUCGUGUUUCACAAUAUCGAUUGGCCUCUCACUUGUGUGCAGCUUUUGGUAUUUACGCCAUGACCAUGUGGCAAGUUUUUAAUUUGGCAACAAGAAACAAGCCAAUUGACACAUUCAUGGGAAGCAAACUUUUUAAGGUUGCUGCUCCAAUUUUCUUCUCCCUUGUUUUUAUCACAGCAGCUUCUGGAGCCUUUGUUGCUGGAAUGGAUGCAGGAUUGGUGUAUAAUGAGUUUCCACUCAUGGGUGGCUCACUCGUUCCUAGUGAUAUUAUGGUCAUUGAACCUUGGUAUAAGAAUUUAUUUGAAAAUGCCACCACUGUACAAUUCCAACACAGAUGGUUGGCCACAUUUGUUGGAACAGCAAUUGCUGUGUUUUAUUAUACCAUGACAAGAGGUGGUAGAGGAAAACAAUUACCAAAACCUGUCAAACGUUCCUUAAAUUAUUUACUUGCAGUUGUUGGUCUCCAGUACACUCUCGGUAUUACUACUUUGUUGACCUAUGUUCCAACCUCAAUUGCUUCAGCCCAUCAAACUGGUUCUUUGACUCUUUUCACCUUUGCAUUAUGGAUGGCUCAUGUUGCCAAGAGGAUUAGAUAA